AUGAAGAAGUUGAAGUAUUUGUUUGAUUUUCCUAAUAUGCUCACUGUGGAGGGGAUGGGGCGUGGGGGUGGUUUAGCCUUGUUAUGGAAGGCUGACUGUGUUGUUGAUAUUCAGAGUUAUUCUCAGAGACACAUUAAUUGUUGGGUUGAUGACAUUUCUCCAAAACCACCAUGGAUGCUCUCCUGUUUUUAUGGUCAUCCCAUUACUGACAAAAGGGUUGAGGGUUAUAAUAUUUUAAGGCAUCUUCAUUCUUUUAAUCCUAAGAUGUGGCUGUGCAUUGGGGACUUUAAUGAGAUAUUAUUUCAAAGUGACAAGGAAAGAGGUGCACCUCGGCCUGUGAAACAGAUGGCUCUCUUUAAGGAUGUCUUAGAUGAGUGUCAACUCCAUACUUUAAACUUUGUUAAGGGGAAAUACACGUGGUCUAACAAUAGAACUGAUUCCUCCUUCACUAAGGAGAAACUUGAUAGGGCAGUGGCAUCUUCUGCCUGGUGUGAGGAGUUUGGCUUGGUUGAGGUCAGAUUACUAUUUUCUGUUUCAUCUGAUCACAACCCUCUUCUACUAUCCACUCCAUCUAGGCAUUAUGUGUCUAGCAAUUUGAAGAGGCCAAGUCGAUUUGAAGCACGAUGGGUAGCUUAUGAGGAUUAUGGUGAGGCCAUUCACUCUAGUUGGUUGCAGUCAAGUGGGGUUUCGGGGGAUCUGGCAUCCUUGUCCUCAAAAUUGGCUAGUUCCUCAAUUUCAAAAACAAGCAAGUUACAGCAAGAAAUCUCCCUUUUACAGGAAAGCCUCUACUUGACAUGGAAACAAAGGGCCAAAGUUCACUGGUUACAGCAGGGGGACAGGAAUACAAAGUUUUUUCACCUGAGUGCUAGUCAAAGACAAAAGAGGAAUAGGAUUUCUCUGGUGAAGGCUGAGGAUGGGGAUCUCCCCUCUAAAGUUUCUGCAUCAAUGAAUACAGACAUGCAGCAGGCAUUCACUGAAGAGGAGGUUAAAACUGUUGUCUUCCAAAUGGGACCCUAUAAAGCCCCAGGUCCUGAUGGUUAUAGCCCCUGUUUCUAUCAAUCUCACUGGGAUAUGGUGGGUAAGGAGGUUUGUCAUGCUAUCCUUUCCUUCCUCAAGUCUCCUUUGAAUAUUGCCACCAUAAACCAUAUUUUUCUGGUGUUAAUUCCUAAAUGUAGUAACCCUGAAAGUGUUUCUGAUUAUAGACCUAUAAGUCUAUGUAAUGUUAUCUAUAAGAUUAUCACCAAGAUGCUUACUAACAGACUGAAAUCUAUUAUGCCUUUUCUCAUUUCACCAAACCAAUGUGCCUUUGUACCUGGAAGACAAAUUUCUGAUAACAUAUUGGCUGCCUAUGAAACUCUCCAUACCACGACCACACAACUCUCUGGGCAUCAAGGCUUUAUGGCUCUAAAGUUAGAUAUGAGUAAGGCCUAUGAUAGGGUGAAGUGGAAGUUUAUUCAAGUUGUUUUAUUGAAACUGGGGUUUAAUGCUCCAUGGGUUGACUUAAUCAUGGCUUGUAUUUCUUCCUCAUCUUUUUCAGUUUUAGUAAAUGGUGUUCCUCACCAUUCCUUUAGACUUGGUAGGGGCCAUAGGCAAGGCUGCCCCCUUUCUCCUUACCUAUUUAUUCUUUGUAUCGAGGCCUUGAGCUCUCAAUUGCUUGCUGCUAAACAUCAUAGGCAAUUGACUAGUGUGCCAAUAGCUCUUGGUCAGAUUAGGCUUAACCAUCUAUUUUUUGCAGAUGAUAGCCUUUUAUUUUGCAGGGCUUCUUUGCAUGAAUGGGUUCACUUGAACACCAUCCUUUCCAUCUAUGAAGCUACCUCUGGUCAGCAGCUCAAUAAAGAUAAAACUUCACUAUUUUUCAGCAGGAAUACUAAGGCUAAAACAAAGAGGUACCUUAUGGAGGUGUCAGUUGACACGGUGAUCAAAAGGUUGGAUAAUUGGAGGAAUAAGUUUCUAUCUAAAGCUGGGAAGGAAAUACUUAUCAAAGCUGUUCUGCAAGCUUUACCUACCUACAGUAUGAGUGUCUUUUUACUUCCAAAGGCCCUUUGUUCCAGAUUGCAUUCAUGCUUUGCCAAGUUCUGGUGGGGACAUCAAGACAACCGCACUAAGAUACAUUGGACAAGCUGGGAUUUCUUAAGUUCAGGCAAAGCUGUUGGUGGGUUAGGUUUUCGGGAUCUUCAUAGUUUUAACUUAGCCUUAUUGGCCAAGCAGGUUUGGAGACUAGAAAUGUGUCCUGAGUCCUUAUCAAGUAGAAUUCUCAAGGCUAAAUACUUCCCUCACACCUCAGUUCUACAGGCUGGCCUUGGUUCAAGACCCUCUUACCUUUGGAGAAGCCUGUUUCUCUAUAUUCCUCUAGUUGAGGAAGGCCUCAUGUGGCGAGUGGGGGAUGGUACCAAGAUUCGAAUAUGGAAAGAUAAGUGGCUGCUGAGAAAUUCUUCCUACAGGAUUCAAUCAUCUGUGGCUGUUCUUCAUGAGAUGCUGUUGUAG